AUUCAAACAAUCCCAAUAACCGCGUCUUACGAUGUUUCAUUACAAAUGAUGAAUGUACGAUGAUGUAAACAAAUAAAUAUAAGCCUUUUUGCGUGUAUUUUGUGACUGUUACUUUUAUAAUGGAAAAGGAAGCUGAUAAUCCAGAGACAGCGGCAGUCGAAAAUUCUCCAACGGAUAAUAAAACGAAUAAACGGAGAUCCUUAGUUUUUAAGAGACGAUCAAUUUUAUACGAACAAGAUUUGGAAAACGUUGGUGAAACUGGUGUAGUCCACGAAGCGAAGAAAUUGAAAUUCGAAGACGUAAAUCAGUUUGACAUUAAAAAAUAUAUAGAAACUUUGAAUGAAGAAGACAGAAAGUGGCGAGAGGUUUACGCAAAGAGAAAAUCUCGCGUACAGGAUUUAAUAAAACAUAAUAAACAUAAAGAACAAGCUGGACAGAUAUUAGAUAUUAAUUUUUUAUCUGAUCAUCAAAGAGCAUUUUUAGCAUUAAAACCUGAUUAUAAAGAAUUUAAUAAGAAUGUUUUUCAACUACAAGCGAUAGCGACGAAAGUGAUGUUUUUAAAUAUAUGUUCUAAACAUUUUUACGAAAGUGUAAUAACGACAUUACAAGAGGAUACAAAUAAUAUUAUGCAUCGCAUCUUUAAUCUCAUAGAUUAACAUCAUAUAAUAAAAGACCAAUUAAUAAAUAGUUUGCG